AUGGCGUCGGUGGGGGGUCAGCGCCAGAAGCGACGGGCUGCAGCGCUAUCGUGUGCCGAAUGCCGUCGACUCAAAUUGAAAUGUAGUCGUCAGUUUCCUUGCAGAAAGGCUGCGCUGCAAUUUGUCCCGAAGGCUCGCGAGAUCGCCUUUCAUGACGCGUUUCAAGUUAUUUACAAUAUACCAGGGAGCUUGACUACCGGUAAGGGCAACCGAUUCGUGUUAGCAAACACAGAGGUUCUUCACGAAAAGAUACUUGAGCUCUCCAAUCGCAUUCGUCAACUGGAAGACGGGCUUCUAGACUCUCAUACACAAACCUCAUCAACGCCCCACCCGCUACUCGCUCCCCAACUCCUCGCAAUAAAACGACCAUUAGAGAGAGACCGGCCCGAUAUGCCGCUCAAGUCAGACAAGCCUGAUUCUUCCAACGAGGGAGUGGAAGCCAUGGGAUCGCUGUCUAUAUCAGAUGGCGGCCGUUCUACUUUCUUUGGGCAAGCUGCUAACUCCUGGUAUCUUCUCAAGAACGAGACUGCUUCAGAUGACGAAGAGGUUGGAUCACCACAAACGGACCAUAUACUACCCAAAGACCUACCUUGGCUUGCUUAUUCCUUCCCCUUUACCACAACAUCCAUUAACGGCACUGGCGAGGAUGUUCGAACCACCCUCCUCAAUUUAUUGCCCAACGCAGGAAUCGCUCAGCGGUUUUCGGAAAGUUACUACCGACAUGCGGCUUGGAUGUAUACCCCAAUAUCCGAGAACGACUUUUACGAAAAAAUAUUUACACCCAUAUAUGAUUUCAAUGGCGACCACGUGAGCGCCCAUAGCUUAUCUGUGCUAUUUAUGGUGAUGGCUCUCGGGGCUCUUGUCGAUUUGAACAUGCCUGCCCAUUCUGCUGAGGCCACGGAACUUUAUCAACUAGGAAGAGCUGCUCUUGCCAUUGACUCGGUGCUUGAAGAGCCGUCAAUUCCCGGGAUACAGGCGCUGCUGUUAAUGUGCCAUUAUAUGUUUUGGGCCGGGAUCGACGGACCUCGAUGGGUUAUCAUGGGCCUCGUUGUCAAACUUGCCCACAGCAUUGGAUUACAUCGUGACAGUGAACGAUGGAACCUAGACCCCGUUGAAACACAUAAUCGUCGCUGUCUUUUGUACGAGAUCUACACCUAUGAUAGUUGGCAAAGUCUUACUUUCGGCCGACCUCCGACAUUUUCGCUGGCGCACAUUGACACAAAGCGUCCUCAAGAGCCAACAACCAACCCUGGGGAAAUGUCUUUUGCGGCAUGGAAGCAUGCCUGGUCAUCCGAAUGCCUCUCGGUUCUGCAUGAUCGCGUUUUCGGUGCUCGACCACCGCCAUAUAGUACUGUCAUGGAACUCGACAAGAAAGUGCGCAACUACAAAGUUCCGCAGAACCUUCAAGUUCCAGGAUUCUUGACGUCAAAGACGACAGUGGAAAGCGAGCCGCCUACAAUAGAGCUCACAAUGCAAAGAUAUUGUGCUUUUGGAAUAAAAGAAAUCGCAUUAUUUUAUAUGCAUCGUGGCUUUUUUGCGCAAGCACUUGCUGACAACUCUCAAGACCCAAUGGGAAGCAAGUAUGGGCCAUCAGUUCUCGCCGCCUAUCGUAGUGCCUGCACUUUUGUCGGACUGAUCGAGAGCCUGUUCAAACAGCAGCCCGUUUUGACUGAGAGGGUUGGAUUCUACUUCACCCAUGUUUUCAGCUGCUGCAUUGUUUUGGGUUCUAUUGCAAUGAAACCGCAUCUGACUAUCGCCCCAUCAGCACUGUCCCACUUUGAAUCGGCCUGCCGUCUUUUUGAGAGCUUGACCGAUCGUGCUCAGACAGUGAAAAUGCUGCCUGUCCUCCAUCGCCUCAAGACCCGUGCACACGAGGCCCUCAUGACUCCAAGCCCUCGCAUUCUAGACCCCACAUUUUCACCUCAAGUGAAAACCGAGGUCGACGAGAUAGCGGCUCUUGGUGGGGUCACUCGUCUCGUGACCAGAAGAACAAUGUCUCCGUCGAGUCCAUCCUCCGAUUCACCUUCGCCACCAGUGACGCUUGACACCCCCCAAUCGUGGACAGGCUUCUCUCAGUUCCAAGAGUAUGGCUACCCUCAUCAUACCAACAACGGUCAAGGCUAUGACGAGUUCAAUUCCUAUUCGGAGGUUCAGUAUGCACCCGAUUUGAGUUAUUCAUGGCAAAACUUCGUGCAGCAGUUCAAAGAGUAG